AUGUCAACAGCGAGGAUGGAGCAAUUUUCUGGGUACAUGCGAAGCGUAACAACCAGCGAAGGUGUGGAUGUAAAGCAUCUCAUUACCGGGUAUGGUUGGGCCAAUCUUGGAGAUGCAACAGUAGUGGACGUGGGAGGAUCAACUGGCUAUGCUAGCAUUGCCCUGGCAAGAGAGUUCCCCAACUUGCGAUUUGUUGUCCAGGACUUAAACACCAACAAUGAAGGUGGAAGGAAGGGUAUUCUGCAAGAGGACAUCGAGAUUCAAUCUAGGGUCUCAUUUCAGGUGCAUGACUUCUUUAACCCACAGCCCAUAAACGGAGCGGAUGUUUAUCUCCUGCGCAUGAUUUUGCACAGCUGGUCAGAUCGUGAGGCGCAAAGUAUCAUCUCGCACAUACUGCCAGCAAUGCAAACGGGCGCACGGCUACUUAUCAUGGACUCGGUGCUCCCUCUACCUGGUGCGGUUGCGAGCACACGGGGGAGCCUCCUGCGUGUUCGAGACCUGACCAUGAUGAUGACAUUCAACAGCAAGGAGCGAGCUGCCGAGGACUGGGCGAGUUUGCUUCAAGAGACCGACGCGCGCUUGAAGAUUGUCCGCAUGCAGCAGCCCGUGGGGAGCCUGAUGACUGUGAUGGAAGUAAUGCUGGAUGGCAAUUGA